AUGCAUAAUCAUGGAUUGGAUGACAAGUUAUUAGGUCAUUCCAUUGUAUUUUGCCUUGUUCCGGAGGAUAAGGAACUUGUUUCAGACAUGACAUUAAACAUGGUGGCGCCGAAAAACAUACUCGUGUAUUUGAAACAGAAAAAUACUUUAAAUGUUUCAAAUAUCAAGCAAAUAUACAAGGUUCGUGCUCAAGACAACAAGGCGAUAAGAGGGCCAAGAUCUAAGAUGCAACAACUGUUGAAGCUUUUGGAAGAUGACAAAUAUGUUUCGAGGUACAUAGUUUGUGAUGAUAAAGUCACAGUUCGAGAUAUAUUUUGGAGUCAUCCUGAUUCCGUGAAGAUAUUCAACACCUUUUCCUUCGUGCUCAUAUAUGACUCAACAUACAAAGCAAACAAGUAUAGACUUCCCCUCUUGGAAAUUGUUGGUGUCACUUCUACAAAGAUGACUUAUUCAGUCAGUUUUGAAUUUUCGAAAUCCGAAAAAGAAGACAACAUUACAUGGGUUUUGGGAAUAUGCAAGACUAUGUUAAAGGACCAAGAAAAUAUGCCACAAGUCAUAAUCACCGAUCAUGACAUCACACUGAUGAAUUCGGUUUCAACGAUGUUUCCUAAUUCUUUCGCCUCUUUGUAA